AUGCUGUUGCUCAAGACCUUGGAGUAUCUGUUGUACUUGGCCUGGUUCUGUUUGCUUUGCAAAUAUGCAGAGGCGGCAAGCGUGCAGCCCACGGAGCCGAGUGUAAAGUACACGGAGCCAACCCAAAGGAAUCCCGCAGUGGGCCUAAACGAGUGCGAGUCGGGCAGCUUCAGCUGGAUGUGCCUAAAAAUAGAGUUUGUGAAGAUUAUGGAACGUCUAGCCGAGCAGAAGGAGCUCAAUGUGCUGCCGGGCGUGAGCGUGGUCAAGGAUGAGAAUGCCACAGAGCUGAAAACCUCCGAGCUGAUGGCAGAGGUCGCACGCAGCUAUCCCAGUGAUCCGAAUACGCGACUCAAUGGCUAUAUCCUGGCCAAGCUAGAGAACAUCUUGAAGACGCGCGUACUGCGCCUUCGCCUGCUGGACGACGCCAGCUUGGAGGAGGGACGCAAGCACAAGUUCGGCAAGAAGGGCGGCAUGGAGGCUCUCGUCGCAGCCGGCGUCAUGAUGAAGGGCAUGCUGAUGGCUCUGGGUCUCGGAGCCAUUGCCAUGAUGGCCGGCAAGGCACUGAUGACAGCUCUCAUGGCGCUCACGCUCAGCGGCGUGCUCGGCCUAAAGAGCCUGGCCAGCGGCGGUGGCAAAUCCACCACAUACGAGAUCGUGGCGAAGCCCGUGUACACGUCCAGCCAUUCGCAUUCGGUUAGCCACGAGGACGGCCACGGGCACAGCGCCCACUUUGCCGGCGUCGGCGCUGGCGGCGGCAGCGGCAGCGGCUAUGGCUACGGGGGAUACGCGCGCGCUCUGCACCUGCAGCAGCCCAGCCAGCUGCAAAUGCUGUAA